AUGGGUAUACUUCGUACCGGUCCUCGUGACCCUGAUGCCUUUCCGGCAAUGCAGCUCUUCCUGCUGGCCAUUGUUCGACUCGCCGAGCCUAUCGCCUUGACGUCCAUCUUUCCCUAUGCUUGGGCUCUCGUCAAAGACUUCCACAUCGGUAACGAGGAACAUGCAUCCUUCUACUCGGGCAUCCUUAUCUCUGCCUUCUCCCUCGCAGAGGCUCUUAUGGGCACAUACUGGGGCGCUCUAUCCGACAGAAUCGGCCGAAAGCCCGUCUUGAUGAUUGGAUCGCUUGGUACGAUGCUCAGUAUGUUGAUGGUGGGAAUGGCUCCCAACUUUGGUGUCGCUUUGUUUGGCCGCGCCCUUGGUGGUCUCCUUAACGGAAACAUCGGUGUCAUUCAGACUAUGGUUGGCGAGCUGGUGACCAAGCCUGAGCAUGAACCUCGUGCAUUUUCCAUCAUGCCUUUCAUCUGGAGUAUCGGAACCAUUGUAGGACCCUCCAUCGGUGGCAUGUUUGCCAGCCCUCACGAUUCUUGGCCUGGAGCUUUCCCUGCCGGCGGCCUCUUCGACCGUUACCCUUACUUGCUUCCCAACCUCAUGUGCUCUGGACUGCUACUCGUCAGCAUCGUACUUGGAUUCUUCCUCCUUGAGGAAACCCAUCCUGAUAUGCAGACUGAGCAUGUUCCCGUUGUCGAGUACCGCCCUACUGAGGAGACCCCCUUGAUGCUGUCUACCAACAACAGAAUGGUGACUGAGGUCCAGGCCGAGACCUAUGGUGCCAUUGAGACCCCAAGUGAUAUCUCCAGCGAGGACUGGGAUGCUCUCUGCAUCGAGAACGAGAAGGAUGAGACCGCUACUCCUACCAAGGCCUGGAACCCCCGUGUCGUGGGCUUCAUCGUUGCUCUGUCCAUCUUCACUUACCACUCCAUGACCUUCGACCAUCUUCUCCCCAUCUUCUUUGAAGAGAAGCGUGCUGAGGCAGCUGAAAUGCUCAAGGGUGCCUCCUUCUUCCCUUUCUACUCUCCUGGUGGUCUUGGCAUGACUUUGCGCGAUGUUGGCAUGGUCCUUGCAGUCGAUGGCGGUAUUGCUCUGUUCAUCCAAGUCUUCAUCUUCCCCUGGGCUGUUCAGAAACUUGGAACUUACCGCCUGUUCAUCCUCGUCACUGUCCUCCACCCAAUCAUCUACAUUCUGAUGCCCAUGCUUCUCCUCGUCCCUGAGGACUUCAUGUAUCUUGCCAUCUACGGUUGCCUCAUCGUUCGCAACAUUCUCUCCAUUAUCCUUUACCCUCUCCUGAUGAUCCUUAUCAAGGAGGCCACUCCUACCGCCAGUGCUCUCGGCAGGGUUAACGGUUUGGCAGCCAGCGCUGGCGCCGCUUGCCGAAUGAUUGCCUCUCCCAUUGCCGGAUUCUUGUGGGCCGUUGGCAGCAAGUCUAACUGCUCUGCCCUGGCCUGGUACGGCAGUGCUAUUGCCGCUAUUUUUGGAGCCAUCCAGUGCUUCUCGGUCCCUCGUGAGCGCUGCCACCAGAUUUCUGAAGAGGCCCCCGCCCUGCCUUGCAAACAGACUGUCACCGUCACCGAGACUGAGUUCUAUGACUCGGACUAA